UGAUGGCGACAGGUUUGGUAAAAUAACAGAUUUCUAAGAAACAAAAGUCUAACUAAUCUUGAGAAAUAAGCAGUGUAAUUUUCUUUAUUCAGCGCGUAUAGUUUGGUGGAGUGGAACAGUUGUCAUUCGACCGUUCGAUGUCGAUUGACAAUUUAUUCUAGACAGAUUUUGUUCAUUGUUAUGUUUGUUAUUUUGGUUGUAACAUUAGCUUGCUAGGCUAUCAGCUUGCUAGCUAUUCAUUAAUAUAGUGACAAAGACAGCCUGCUUUCAAAGUAGUAAAACAAUGUUUCGGGAAAAAACUUCGGACUGAAUGUACAUUUUCGGUUCAUUCAUUUGACAAUCUCGAACACUGGGGCGCAAGCGGCGUCGUGUCUGAACUUGUUGACAUUCUUUUGUUUACAAGUGAGCUUGGUUAUUUUCUAGCUGUGACAAGAAAGUAUAUUCCCUUGUGACAGCACUCAACACAAUAACAUAUUGCAUUAUAGAAAAAAGUAAUUGGACAGUUGGCUAUAGGCUAUGUCAACUUUUCACAUUUCUAAGAGUAAUAAGUGCCAUUCUAUGUUUUAGCUAGUUUUCCAAGAAUCAAAAUGUCAAUAAAUAAAUUGCGCAAGAUUAGUUAUCGGAUAUCUAGAAAGCCAUUCAUCGCCUAACAUUAGAUAUAAUUGUAACUUUACAAUUUAAGUUUCUACGAUAACCUAAAAAAAUGGCUACAUUUCAUUUGGCCACAGCUACGAAGCAGAAAGCUUGUUAUUGUCUUCAGCCGAUCCUUUUUAAUGUAGCCUACAUUGCUCAGACUAGGUGGCAUGACACGUUGAUAUUUCUCAAUUCGCCUUUAUCUAUGAAAUUAUAUUGCUUUUUUCUCGAUAUUUUGUGAAUUUUUGUAUGAUCAUAACAGCGUUAUUGACAAGUGCUUGUUACGCAGUUAUGAAUGAAUGAGCUCUGGUGCGCAUGCGCGAAGUUCCCAAAGUUUAUAAACAAGGGCUGCACUCAUAUGGUCACAUGACUGUUCUUUAUCUAGUCCACACAGACAAAGGACUUUGUUAUAUGGAGGCUUUUUAUCCCCUAUGUAAUGACCUGCAGAUUUGAUUUAAUUUAUUAUGGCCAUAAUGUGAUAUUGCCACAGGAAAUGGGGAUUCGUGAUUGUAGAAUAAUGCAGUCAUCUAUGCUUUUUUAACCAGUGCCUUUUAUUUUAUUACUCACCUAUUAAUAUUCAAUGCAAACAUAAAUUACAUAGGCCUAGCGUUUAACCAAAUAAUUCAAAGCAUAUUAUUUCAUAAUUUUGUAUGUUUUAUAUAUACCUGUUGUGGGCAGAUUCUGAAAUUGUAAUUUAUCGUUGUCUCCAGUGGCUGUCUACAGACUUGCCAGCUGGACAUGGCGUAAUAUGUUAUGGGAAGUUAAUAAGACUGAACAAGUUGAGGAAAACAAGAUGGAUGCAAAUAGAAUAGAAGACUCCUUUGAUCUUCUGAAAUGCAAUGAGGUUCUGUCCUCAUCACCUGGCUGCCCCCCUACUCCCAUGGAGUAUGAUGACCUGCCAGAGCUGCAGGAGGUAGAGGAGAACCAGUCCUCUCCGGUGCUGUUCCAUGUGGGAACUGGGGUGUCACAUCAGGAGUGUAUAGCUGGUUACCCUCACACCAAUUGGCUGACUGAGCUGGCUAACAUUGCCACCGGCCCUCAGAGCCCCCUACUGCAGGAGCCUCCUCCCAUCAAGAGGUCGUCUCCUAUGCACAUCGUUGCCACCAGUCGUAGUUUACAUUCUUACGCCCGACCUCCCCUGGCCAGCAGUGCACCCAGCCCCUCUAGGGGUCACCUUAGGGAGCGCAGCAGACGUGUCAGAGUACAACCUUUCACCAUUUACCUUUCAGUCCAACCAUUUCCUGCCAGCAGUGAGUCAGAGUCUGGUGUGUUCUCUAUGUCAUCCUUCUCUGAUGAUGAGGACAUGGGUUGGUCUAACUCCUGGCCCUCAACUGCCUGGCACUGUUUCCUGAAAGGCACCCGGCUGCGGUUCCACAGGGGUUCUAACAAGGAGUGGCAAGAGGCUGAGGACCUGGGAGACUCUGAUGACGAGUCAGAUGAUGAUGAGAGAAUAAUGCCGUCCACCGCCCGAAAGAGCUACGGUUCGGAAGGUCUGAAGCUAGUGGCCCACGAGGAGAACGUGUCGUACGGCCAGGCUUUCCUCAAACUCACCUUUGACCCCGGCUCGCCAGAAGAUGGCCUCUUAACGGCAGAGUGCAGAUUUGAUCACCCCUUCUUUGUGAAAAACAAAGGCUGGUCCUCGUUCUAUCCCAGCCUGACGGUGGUGCAGCACGGUAUCCCCUGCUAUGAGAUGCAGGUGGGGGACCUAUGUCUUCCUCCAGGCCACAGAGACUCCAUAAACUGUGACGACUCUGUUGUCUUCGACACCUUCAGGAGUUAUGACUUCACCCCUCUGGACUCUUCAGCUGUCUAUGUGCUGAGCAGCAUGGCCAGGCAGCGUAGGACCUCCCAGUCCAGCAGUGGCGCUAUCUCCCCUGACCCAGAGAAACUCUCCAGUUCCUCCCACCCCUCCUCCACCAGCAAAUCAAACAGGAGCAAUACCUCAGGGACGGCCCCUGGCGGGGCCACGCCCACCAAAUGCAAGCGGCCAAUGAACGCCUUCAUGCUCUUCGCUAAGAAGUACAGGUUGGAGUACACACAGAUGUACCCUGGGAAGGAUAACAGAGCCAUCAGUGUGAUCCUGGGUGAUAAGUGGAAGAAGAUGAAGAACGAGGAGAGGAGGAUGUACACCAUGGAGGCCAAGGCUCUGGCUGACGAGCAGAAGAGACUCAACCCUGACUGCUGGAAACGCAAGAGAACCAACUCAGCCCAAUUUCUGUCCUGGACAUAAGGUCCUGAGCGAGAUUCAAACCCUCUGGUUUAAACCAACACGGGGUCCCAGCACCAAUAGAUGGCCUAUGACCUUCAGACACUGGUGUGUGUGGCAUGGCGAGGUCAGAGGUCAAAGGUGAACAGACCGACCAGGCGACCCCACUAGCCUCUCUAGCCUGGUCCCAGAUCUGUUUGUGCUGUAUAGCCAACUAUGGUCGUUGGACCAUAAGACAGCACAAACAGACCUGGAACCAGGCUACUCUCUCUCUCUGCUCACCUGUCAAAUUGAUGAGACAUAACUGUGAUGCUGAAUACACUUGCUUUUAUAACUAAGAGACCUUAUAGAUAGGCCUGCAAGACAAAACGACAACUAUGAACUAUAUAUUAAAAAGCAGGUAAUCUAGUGUAACUAACCGUGCUGAUAUUUUCUUACAUUUUAAAAGGACAAGAGAUGCCUUGUUAUUCCUCUAUAAAAAAAGGAAAGGCUCAGUUUUAUUUCUUCAGGUAAUUUCAUAUUUUCGAGGCAUGAAACCUUGAGAUCAGGGUUGCAAAAUUCCAGUAACUUUCCAAAGAUUCAGCAGGUUUUCCAGAAAUUCAGGUUGAAAGAUUCCCAGAAUCAGGAGGGUAUAAGCAAGAAAUCCAGAAUCCUCCAACCAGGAAUUCUGGAAAAGCUGAGAAUUUUGGUAGAGUUACUGGAAAUUGAGAACCCUACUUGAGACCCAGUGGUGCUAAGUUCAGUUAAGGAAGGAGGAGCAGUGAUACAAAAGUUAUAUUUUUAAUUGUAAAAUAAAUAAGGGGGAUUUUAAA